AUGCUGUCGUUGUUACAACAAGUCGAGACUGGAGACGCAAAGACUGACAGAGACCUCCGAUUGUUGUGUAAUGCAGACUGGUCUUCGACAUCGCUUGGUCCUCUGUCCUCUUGGCCCCAGGACCUUUUGACUCUCGUCUAUCUGUCAAUGCUCUCCCCUCUACCACAAUUCUUCUUCUUGGGACCGGAUAACAUUUUCUUGUACAACACCGCUGCGAGUCAACUACUCCGAGACCAUCACCCUGCAUAUUUUGCAAGGCCUGUCGCAUCCCUGGAACGCCUUCAAUCCCAAGCAGAAUCGAUUGCCCAGAUCAUAAGAGAUGCCACAGAAGGCCGGCGGCCUGCUGUGCAAAGAGACUUGCCUUUCUUUUUCAGCAAGAAUAAUAACCUUGAAGAGCUGCUCAUCUCGACCACCAUGGUCUGCCUGCCACCGCAUUUGUCCGGAUACCAGGCCACCGUCGAAGACACGACGCUUGCGGUCAUCACAAGGCGACGGGAUCAGUUUCUUACCAAACUCAAAAGUCGUUGCGGGUCGACCAAUGACUUACCUCUGCUCCUGCAAUCCAUUCUCCAGAGUAUUUCUUCGGCUGAGGCAGAUUUUCCAUUUGGCAUUGUGUAUGGAAUCGAGGAGCCAACAUUCACAGCGAUUCCUUACGACAGCCCUCAGCGCGAUGAAAGCGCUGUCACAUUACAUCUGGCAGGAAGCGUAGGAGAUUUUGACUACUCUUUACCGGAGGACCUGAAUCUUGGGACAGAAUGCGGCAUAUUGGCGCAACAUGCACGCAAAGCAAUCACAUCUCGCGAGCCUGUCAAAAUUUGGAUUGAGGGUGACGACACUUUGGCCUACUGGUGCCAGGCGUCGAGAAAUCGUGGCUACAGAGACAAUUGCAAAGAGGCAAUCAUCUUUCCGGCAAGCUGUACGCCUUUCCAGCAUGUGAGGGCAGUCGUGAUAGUUGGUAUAGCACCUCGCAGACCCUUUGACGAGGCUUACCAAGGCUUCAUUCGAGACGUCCAGAAACACAUGGCCGAUCAAGCUUUUGCGAUCUCGUGUAUGGAGGCCAAACAAAUCGAAAAACGAAAGGCAUCUGACCGAGCCCGAGAGGAAGCCGUGAUUCAUAAGAGAGAACUUGAGCUUCGUAGGAAAGAGGCAAUGACUGCUAAUGGUAAGUUGGAAGGUGUUGUGACAAUGGCCGAAACGAUCGACGUAGGAUUCUUCGACUAUUGGCCCACAGGCGAACUCAUACAAGGCAAUAACGCAUUCUAUGAACUGAGUGGUUACCCAAAAGAUCCAAAUCUGAAUAAAGCAUACACUUUCCUGGACUACUGCAUGGAAGAAGAUGCUCCUACGGUUAUGGAGAAGUGGAACGUGCUCAUGAGCGGGCAGCCAAACAAUACACCGACUGGUCAAUGGGUCCAAGCCGCAUGUACACCAAUCUUCGACGAAGCUGGUAAUAUCGCUAGUAUCUCUGGCUGCACGACAGACAUCUCAGGGCAAAAGCGCGCCCAGGAAGACGCCCUCAAAAAAGCAGAAGCUCUUGAGCAGGUGCGAAUAAGCCAAGCAAGAUUAUUACAGUUUACAGAUAAUGCACCCAUGGGCAUUGUGAUAUUGGGCUCAGAUGGCCACCCCAUCUACAUCAACCGAAGCUGGUUCAGUAUCACCGACCAUCCUGAAACUCUGGCAUCCAAGGUAGAUCUCAUGUCCGUCUGCUAUCCGGACGAUCUUCCUCAGGCCGUGCGAAAACGAGAAGAGGCCAUCAAUACCAGAAAGACUGUAGAGUUUCGAACUCGACUCAAGAAAAAGUGGACGUGCGUGGACGGCUCUUUCCAGGGUCAAGCAUGGGUUUCCAUCAUGUACUUGCCAGAGUAUGACGAGAACGGAGCUCUGAGCCGAAUCAUGUCGACCUGUACUGAUAUUUCACAUUCACAAUUCUCGGAACACCUACAGCGGAAGAGACUGGAGGAAGCCAUCGAAGCGAAACGAAGGACCGAAGCUUUCAUCGACAUCACUAGUCACGAGAUCCGGAACCCACUUGGAGCAAUAGUGCAUUGCGCCGAUCUGUUGCAAGAUUCUUUCGUGGAUAUGAAGAAGCUCGUCGACACGCUGGCAAAAACCUGCAAACACGAUGAGGGUCAGCAGAGCACGAUAGCACGACUACAGGAGCAUCUCACCAGCGGCGUUGACGCGGUCGAGACCAUUCUCUCCUGCUCCAUGCACCAGAAACGUGUCACUGAUGACAUCCUGUCGCUGUCCAAGCUCGACUCCAAUCUUCUUCAAGUAUCACCAUCGACAGUUCGGGCAACGGAAAUGUUAAACAACGUGUCAAACUUUUUCGCGGUGGAAGCUGGACGUGAGAAGAUUGCCCUCGAAACCCAACUGGACGAAUCGCUGAAGGAAUGCAACAUCGAGUGGGUUGUAGUUGACCCUGGGCGAAUCACGCAAGUCCUAGUCAACCUCGUAACAAACGCUCUCAAAUUUACAAAGACUUCAAAAAACAAGCGCAACGUCAAUGUACGGCUCGGAGCGUCGAAAGGACCACCUACCGAUCUGUCGGUCAAAUACGCCGCUCUAGAAAAUCCAAGCACCAAAGCGCAGACAAAGCCGGACACUGAUGACGCAUUGUAUCUCUGGUUCUCGGUCACUGAUAGUGGCUGUGGUAUGACCGAGGAGGAGCAGACACGCAUGUUCAAUCGCUUCUCUCAAGCUUCGCCAAAGACCUACAAUACCUACGGAGGCAGCGGACUCGGCCUCUUCAUAAGCAAGAGACUUGUGGAGCUGCAGGGCGGACAGAUUGGUCUCGCCUCUCAGAUCGAUGUCGGAUCCAGAUUUGCUUUCUAUGUUCCUGCAAGGCAAACGACAAAAGCGAUGGAUCUACCAAAGCCAGAUCUUUCUUUGCGUACGAAGGCCGACGCUCUUACUCAGGAUUUCACCGUGGCAACCCCGGCAAGCAAGGAUCAAAACUCUUCAGAUUACUCGAUCCUAGUGGUAGAGGACAACGCUGUGAAUCAAAAAGUUCUCGAAAAGCGACUGACCAAGCUCGGAUAUAAGGUACAGAUCGCCAAUCAUGGACAGGAGGCACUGGAUUAUUUGACAACCACGACUACCUGGAAACAACAAAAUCGAGAAGAGACAACGCCAUUGCAAGAUGUACAUGUGAUUCUCAUGGACAUCGAGAUGCCAGUCAUGGAUGGGCUGACUUGCUCCAAAAAGAUUCGAGAUCUACAAAGUUCUGGCGACAUUGUGAAGCACAUUCCGAUUGUCGCAGUAUCAGCAAACGCUCGUGCCGAACAGAUGAAACAGGCAAUCGAUGCGGGAGUAGAUGGUUUCAUCACAAAGCCGUUCAGGAUGCCCGAGCUGACAUCGGUCAUCUCAAGAUUGCUGAAGACUCCAUGA